GCCGAGUGCAUGAAGCAGCAGCACCGUGGCACUCGAAGAUGUUGUUGCCAUUCGGCAAUUAGGAUAUACGACGGAAUAGCUGCAUAAAAAAACACCCACCAUAUUCAAUAAUGCGCGCGCACCCGAGGAUCUUACACGAGCCGUGCACGUAGUAAAAAAAGGAGGCGUGAGCGAGCAGCGCGCCAUCAGUGACGAAUUUUCAAAAUGGCGACUACCGAGCAAGUGCCGGCUGAGAGCAGCGAGAACAGCACUUUCGUCACGGAGAACACGACAUCUAAAAUGGAAAGCAUGGAUGUCACAGAGCCAGUAAACUCGGUAACAGCCAACAAAGAAGCAACAACUACAGGUUCAACCAAUUGUAAAGAUGGUGUAGCAGUUGAUGAUAUGACUUCAAGAGAUUACUAUUUUGACUCGUAUGCCCAUUAUGGAAUUCACGAAGAAAUGUUGAAAGAUGAAGUACGAACAGUAACGUAUCGUAACUCUAUGUACCAUAACAAGCAUCUAUUCAAAGGAAAAAUCGUAUUAGACAUUGGCUGUGGAACAGGAAUUCUUUCUAUGUUCGCUGCUAAAGCUGGUGCUGCCAAAGUCAUUGGUAUUGAAUGUUCCAACAUUGUAGAGUAUGCCAAAAAAAUUGUUGAAGCCAAUAAUCUGUCUGAUGUUAUUACGAUUAUCAAGGGCAAAGUAGAAGAAGUUACUCUACCAGAUAGCAUUGAAAAAGUUGAUAUUAUUAUAUCAGAAUGGAUGGGUUACUGUUUAUUUUAUGAAUCUAUGUUAGAUACUGUUCUUUUUGCAAGAGACAAAUGGCUUGCUCCAGAUGGAAUGUUAUUCCCUGAUAGGGCUACAUUGUACAUAUGUGGAAUAGAGGAUAGACAAUAUAAGGAUGAAAAGAUCAAUUGGUGGGAUGAUGUCUAUGGCUUUGAUAUGAGCAGCAUACGUAAAGUUGCCAUUAGUGAACCUCUAGUCGAUGUUGUUGAUCCUAAACAGGUGGUGACCAAUGCCUUCUUAAUUAAAGAAGUUGAUUUGUACACAGUGACCAAAGCAGAUUUGACAUUUUCAUCGCAAUUUGUACUACAAGUUCGGAGAAAUGACUAUGUUCAGGCACUUGUCACUUUCUUUGAAGUUGAAUUUACCAAGUGCCAUAAACGCAUGGGAUUCAGUACUGCACCUGAAUCUCAGUACACGCAUUGGAAACAAACUGUCUUCUACUUUGACGAAUACAUGACGGUUAAAAAAGGAGAAGAAAUCUACGGUAAAUUUUCGAUGGAGCCUAACGCGCGUAAUUAUCGGGACCUAGACUUCACGAUUGACAUCGAUUUUAAAGGCGAACUUUGUCAAAUACAUGAAAGCAACCACUAUCGUAUGCGCUGAUACCAACGGGACAAUUUCAUUGACAAUAUUCAGGCCGUGUAUAGUUACUUUUGAACGAAAAAAUGACCAUAAUAUUCAAGAACUUUGUGACUACCGAUAGAAGCUGGAAUCGAAGAUUAAAACGAUACACCAACUGUCAUGUAAAAACGAAUAAACGGAUUAUAAACGUUAUUAAAUUUGUUUGUCUAAAUGUGUGUGCCAGCAAUUGUUGGUUACUGUCGCUAUUACUGAAAUUACAUACAAUUUUUUUACGUAAAUCUAGAGUUUUAAUUUCUUUUUUGAAACCGCUUUUACUGUACUUCCAAUUUUGUAACUUAUUAUAACCACACUGACAACAAUUUAGUAAUUUUAAGCAAUUUCAAUGAAAUAUAAAACUUAUUAUCUUGUAGAAAAAGAACAUAGAACAUGAAAUGGCAUCGAAAUUUAUUUUGAUGAUUUUG